GCCAGUAGUGAGAGGUGAGAGCACGAUUGACAGCGACAUCAAGUGUUUGCUGUUAGUUGCUUCUGAUGCUGCGGCAGCGGCGUCAGGCAGUCUUCUCAACGCAAAAAUAACGCUUGUCAUUAAGAAAUGGCCAAAGAGACGAGCGAAAAACAACGCUUGUGAUCUGCAUCAGAGACACCAUCAUCCUACUUGAGCAUUCACCAUGGGCGGCGGCGAUCUGAACUUGAAGAAGUCGUGGCAUCCAUCGACGCUACGCAACAUCGAAAGAGUAUGGAAGGCGGAACAGAUGCGCGAUCAGGAGAAGGCGAAGAUCGAGCAAUUGCAAAAAGAGCUUCAAGAAGAACGCAACAAGCAGGAAAUGCGCCAGUAUGCUGAGAAUAAAGGUGUUGUAAAAAAAAGGGAGGAGCGACUCGACUGGAUGUACCAGGGAGUUGCUGGUCUGGUGGACAGGGAACAGUACCUGCUUGGUCGCAAAGUCGACAAGAAUUUCGAGAUCAUGAAGAAAGAAGAGGACGGUGUGGAGGACAAGAACGAAGAUCAGCAGCCCGGCUCUAUUUUCACGAUGGCGCCUACUAAUGCUGCUGUGGACCUGGAAAACAAGAUACGAGAGGACCCAUUAUUUGCCAUCAAGAAACAGGAAAUGAAGACCAAGAAAACAUUGCUUAGCAAUCCUGUCAAAAUGAAGCAUCUCAAAGAAAUGAUUGAACAGUCUAUAAAGAGCUCAAAAAAAGCCCACAAGAAGAAGAAAAAGAAAGAGCACAAAAAGCAUAAGAGGAGGUCACCCAGUGUGUCCAGCAGUGGUGACAGUACUGCCGAUGAACGUGACAGGCGUGACAGACCCUCCAAAAUAGAUAAGAGAGACCUCAAAAUUGCCACUUCUAGUCGUAGGGGUGACAAAGAGCACAGUGUAUCCAGACACCAUUCAGAUGGAGUAUCAAGGCCGAAAAGAACUUCAUCACCCCAUGCUCGCUCGCAUACUGAUAAAAGCAACACUGGGAGGGACACCCAUCUACGAGGCCAAUACGAGAAGAGUAACAGCAGCCAGAGGGAAACCUCACACCACCAACCUGUGUCGACGGAAAAGAGACAGAGGCGGCAUCACUCUGCGUCGCCGGACUCCGAAGACCAUCGCGAAUUAACAACACAGCUUAAACGACCUGUGAAGAGCAGCUCCCGAUCACACAGCAAGAGGAAGAGACAUGACUCGAGUAGCUCUGAAGACCAAAAGGAUAGUAAAAACAGUCAGCGCCUCCACAGUCCAGUCUUGGAAAGCAACCAACAUGAUAGAAGGCCCAAGUAUGGUCUCAUUGUUCGAGGCAACCAGAGUCACAAGAAAGAACAGCAACCACCACCCUUGAAAGUGCAACCGAAGGAGCAUAAGCAGACCAAAACAGCACCCCAGGCUACGCAGAGGCGCAGACCAUUGAGUGAAGAAGAGAAAGCGGCAGCUCGCAGAGAGAUGAUGGAGAAUGCCCAGUGGCACGAUGAACAGCGCAAAACUAUCGUCAAUCAGUAUCGGAAGAGUGAAGCUGCUGAAGAAAAGGACCGCCACAAGGACAUCGGGGAAGGUUUUAUCCGGCCCAUGCUGGCAAAGGCUGCAGACACUGGGAGCGUGGAGAAUCGGAUCAAGCAAAAAAUGUACACUGUGCAGCGAGCCAGCAGUGCCAUGGACGUCCAUUUCGCUAGAAAAUAAAUCACCCUGCACUAACAACUAUAUAA